CUUUUCUCUCCGUCUCCCUCGUCCCUACACCUUCAGUCUGCUUCUGUUGUCUCGGCGGAUUGUUGCGGGCUGUGGGAGAGAAAAGGAUAUCGCGAGUAUUGGAGUUUUGGUGAGAGUUUGUGGAAGAUGGCGCCUGUUGUGACAGGGAAGUUCGGGGAGCGCCCUCAGCCACUGCGCCUAACAAGAGAAGCGAUGAGGAAUUACCUGAAGGAGCGAGGUGACCAAACUGUCAUGAUCCUGCACGCAAAAGUUGCACAGAAAUCCUAUGGCAAUGAGAAAAGGUUCUUCUGCCCUCCUCCCUGCGUGUACCUGAUGGGCAGCGGCUGGAAGAAAAAGAAGGAGCAGAUGGAGCGGGACGGCUGCUCCGAACAGGAGUCGCAGCCCUGCGCCUUCAUCGGCAUCGGCAACAGCGACCAAGAAAUGCAACAGCUUAACUUAGAGGGAAAGAAUUAUUGCACAGCCAAAACCUUGUACAUAUCUGACUCCGACAAGAGAAAGCACUUCAUGUUGUCUGUCAAGAUGUUCUACGGCAACAGCACUGACAUCGGCGUCUUCCUCAGCAAGAGGAUCAAAGUCAUCUCCAAGCCCUCCAAAAAGAAGCAGUCCCUAAAGAACGCUGACCGUUUCUCCACAGUGUGCAUCGCAUCAGGGACCAAGGUGGCGCUCUUCAACCGGCUCCGGUCCCAAACAGUCAGCACGCGCUACCUUCACGUGGAGGGCGGAAACUUCCAUGCCAGCUCCCAGCAAUGGGGCGCCUUUUACAUCCACCUGUUGGAUGACGAGGAGUCAGAAGGAGAAGAGUUCACUGUGAGAGACGGUUACAUCCACUACGGCCAGACAGUGAAGCUGGUGUGCUCCGUCACCGGCAUGGCCCUGCCCAGACUGAUCAUCCGUAAAGUGGACAAGCAGACGGCGCUGCUGGACGCCGACGACCCCGUCUCCCAGCUCCACAAGUGUGCCUUCUACCUGAAGGACACAGAGCGCAUGUACCUGUGCCUAUCCCAAGAAAGGAUCAUCCAGUUUCAAGCCACUCCAUGCCCAAAGGAACCAAACAAGGAGAUGAUCAAUGACGGCGCCUCCUGGACAAUCAUCAGCACAGACAAGGCUGAAUACACUUUCUACGAGGGCAUGGGCCCCGUGCACUCGCCUGUCACCCCCGUGCCUGUGGUAGAGAGCUUACAGCUAAAUGGUGGAGGAGACGUCGCCAUGCUGGAGCUGACGGGACAGAACUUCACUUCAAAUCUGCGGGUCUGGUUCGGAGAUGUCGAAGCGGAGACCAUGUACAGGUGUGCGGAGAGCAUGCUGUGCGUGGUGCCCGACAUCUCUGCCUUCCGCGAGGGCUGGCGCUGGGUGCGGCAGCCCGUGCAGGUGCCCGUCACGCUGGUCAGGAACGACGGCAUCAUCUAUUCCACCACGCUGACCUUCACCUACACGCCGGAGCCGGGGCCGCGGCCGCACUGCAGCGCCGCCGGGGCCAUCCUGCGGUCCGGGAACUCCACCCUGCUCAGCAACAGCAGCCAGGAGCCCGGCGUGUAUGGCCCCAACAGCACCUCCAACGCGGGGGUCACGUCUUCAUCAUCCACCGCCGCGGCCGUGGUCUCCUAACGCACACAGGGGGCCACUCUAUAUGCCUUGAGAGCGAAUGUACCACAAGGUAUAUAAAGACUACGGGAAAUAAUAAACAAAGACUCUAAAGUGCUGCGUAUACAUUUUGGAUACAAAGAAGCUGAAAAAUUGGUGGGAGUAAAAGGAGCGAACGCAGGGAGAAUCUGAAGGCCGAGCGACAUCACGGCGCUGUCAGCCAAUGGGAAUAAGCGCUCCGUGACACGCCCCCUCUCCUGCGGUUACUUUAGGGACCUGCCUAUCCACUUCUGGUGUUUCGGAACGAGUGAAGUUCCUUCAAGCACCGGCACCUUUCUACGGCCACAACAACAAUACAUCCAACGUGUACAAAAACAAAUCCCUCGAAAGGAAAGUAUAUUUUUGCGCCCUCCCAAAAAACCCCUCUCGCCACUUGUUUUAUAAUUAUUCCGUUUUGUUUUGUUAUUUUCGCGUUGAUUUCCUAAAGGGGGCUGGAUGUAUUGUUGUUGGAGGGAGGAUGCAGAGGGACACACAUAAAACGUGACGAUAACAUAGUUUUUAUGGACCAAGGAUCUUGUAUAAGCUUUAGUAAAGGUACAUUUUUCUCCAUACCUUUUUUGUAUUAAACAUAUAGUACACUUUUGUUACCAAAUAGUUUCUAUUCUUCCUCUGAGCUUGGGCUUUGUUUCCCCCCUUUCUGAGGUCCAAAAUCCCAACCUGUAUGUUAUUGUGACCUUACUACAAACGCCUGCUUUUUCAACCUUUUGGAUUUCCUUUGUUUGUUUUUUGAUACACUUGCUUCUUCUGUUGGGGGAAAAAUCUGAAGUCUGGGUUGUUUAUUUUACAUAAGGUUGUAUUUGUUUGUUUGUUUUUUGAAUUGGGGAAUAACCUCAGAUGGCCCAUGUUUUAUCAUUGGUUUUUAUGAAGUCUUUAAAAAGAAAAGCUUUAAGCAACGCCUCUGCCUUGCCUGCAAUACUCUAUGUGCGCUAUGUUCUCCUUCGGACAAGUAUACACAUCAGUACAUCUCACGUGGAGUCAUAGCAACAUUUGCAGAAAAACUAGACUUCCGUGGUUACGAAAAACAAGUCAUUUUUCAAACAAGCGUAGUCAUUGACUUAAAAUGAUAGCCUUAGUACUGUAUAUUCUUACUGUGUACACAGUCAAACCGCUCACAUAUCUACUAUCCUGUAUCUGUUGCGCUCACUGUUAGCUUAUCAUGAUGUGGUGAAAAAACUACACCGAGCAAGGUGUCUUCCAGUGGUGGCAUUUAACCCAAAAAAAACUUUUCAAUUUGAUGUGGCCUUACCGAUAACUUCAAUUACAACAAAAAAACGUACUUCACCUUUUUCUUAUCUGCUCACGUUGGAGGAACCUGUGCAUAGCACAAGCUAAUGCCUCGCUUCUCAUCACAGGAGCGGUUCGAGCUCCACAUUUAUCAUGCAAAGCAGCCUUCCGGAAAGAGUCUCUUCGGUGUACAAUAUGCCCGUUUUUUAUUCUCAUGCGGUGCGCGGCACCUUUCCACUUUUGGUACAAUGUCUCACGAGCGCCGUAAGCUCUUUUGUCAGCCUUCUUUUUAAAACAAAACAAAUCUCCUGUGGUUUUAUUGUCUUUGCAGAAAACAAACGUGUGUGUGUACAUCGUAGACUCCGAGUAGUUGCUCUCAUCCGUGUUCAUGGCGACCGCGUCUCCUGUAGGAGUUUAAAGGCCUUCUAAAUGUGUGUUAAUGAAGAUUUCCAAACAGAACAGCAAUAUUGUCAUUUCAUCGUCUUUUGUCCGCCUGAGCACUAGUUCACCAGCCAGCAAAUAUGUGUGUGUGUGGGUAUGUGUGUGUGAGUGUGUGAGAGACUGUCAUAUGUAGUUGCUGUAAUGGAAUAUUGAGUCAGACUCGCUCCAUUUCAAAAGUGUGUUCCAACUGCUCUCCAAAAAAAAAGCGACUGGGGUGUUUCUUCCUUCCACCAGGAUCCAAAUGUGCGAUAAGAUAAACAUUCAAAGGCAAUACUUGUGAUCUUAGUAUUACAGUACAACUGUAUACACUUCCGGGGGUAACAGAACAACAAAACUGUAACUUGAAUGUCUGCUUAAUGAAGUAUUUCUUACUAACAAACCCUUGAAAUAGGAACAAAAAAGGAUUCGCUUGCACCCCCUUUUCGAUGUAAAAAAUAUUAAGUUAUGCCCCCGUUUCGCCGCCCACCUGUCAGUCAUUAAUAUUAAAUGUUUUAUAUUGUAAUAUUUUUUAAAUUAUUGGUACAAAGUCUCCCCUUGUCUUAUGUCAAAACAGAAAAAGAAAAAGUGCAUUAUUGCCCGUGCUGCCUCAGUUGUCCUGGGAGUGUCAUUUUUUUCUUUUUAUAAAAAAAAGAGGCCACUACCUGUUCAUCCUGGAAACCGCGGAGGUGCUGCAGCGGCAGUGUAGCGCCACAUAUUUGAGCUGCAGGUCAACCUGAACCCUUUACACACAGAAUCUUAACUGUAGAUUUUUAACGUGAGUGUUUUUUAUAAUAAGUUCAGCGAGUUUUUAACCUAGCUUCUGCAUUAGCAUCACGCCCUCCUCCUUCCUUAACCCCCCCCCCCCCAGAGCUUGGAUAUUUUGUUUACAUGCGGAGUCGCCUCUUACAGUUCACCACCUCCGGCUUCUCAUCAUCUCGAGCAGCUUUGUCACAUUAGCUCAAAUAACUAAUAAAGGGGGUGAUGCAUGCUUUUAAAAACAAUGUGUCGCCUUGACAAUCUCAGCUGGUUUACAGUUAAUUUCUCUCGUAAGAGACGGAACAUACUCAAAAAGGGGUCAAAACAUGUUACAUGCCUUCUGAAAUAACUAAAAAGAGAAAGAGGAAAAAUCUCAUUCAGCGAUGCUUCUUACAAAAGAUCUUAACCGGUUUCUUUCUUUGUGUCUGAUCAUAUUUGUUCUUCCAAAAGCAGCUGUUCUUGUGUUUGUUUGUUUUUUAUAAUGAGCUCUGAACAAUGUAUGUAUCUUCUAAUAUGCCAAAUGUCUUUUAUAAUGUAGUUUUCAUGCACUGCUAAACAAAACAGGGCAGAGUGAGAGGCAGCUUUAAACAAAUACAAAAAAAAGGAGUGUUGAGCCCUUCUCUGUCGCACUCAGCCUUACUUCUCCUUAAGACUAUUGGCUGUUUGCACUACAGAGCGCGAACCCUUUCUCUCUCACACAUUUCAUUCUCACUCUUUCCCGCUCAUGUUUAUGUACGUACAUUCGGAGUUUCCCCCCUCCCUUUUUUAGUUUUUAACACGCAGCCUGUUAUGCUUAGCUUCGCUACAGUUGGAUCACCUUUCCGUUGUCAUUCUCCCCGCUCCUCUCCUUCUCCAUUCUCUUUCACUCUCACUGUAUCUGUGUAUUAUUCUAGUAAAUGGUAAGCAGAGGUGUCAUUGUGGUAGUAUACUCAGUGCUCAAAGGGUUGCUGAUGGUAGAAACCUGUGCCGUUUGUAACAUUUAGCAAUAACGUCAAAACAAAGGGGACGUUUUUUUUAAAUAACAUAUGUUAGUUUUGUUUUUGUACAUAUUGCAGCUCCAGAUCAUGCUCAAAUCUGUAUGUCAUUAAAAGAAGAAAAAAAACGAGAAAAAAAAACUUGCAAUAUUGGCAUAAAAAUGAAAAAUAAAAAAGUGAUAUAAAAUCUU